AUGCACUCCUCUGCGUGGCCUCAAUUGCGAUUCACCCCAAAAGGCACUUUUCAAAUGACAGUCUUUAACGACUUGCAUUUUGGCGAGGCAGAAAACACAGACUGGGGCCCGCUGCAGGACGUGGAUACGCUGCUGGUGAUGAAGACGGUGCUGGAUAAAGAGUCUCCCCAACUUGUGGUGAUAAAUGGAGAUUUCAUCACUGGCGAAAACACGUUCAAGAAGAAUUCAACCGAUUAUGUCGACGAAAUUGUGUCUCCCAUUGUGGCUCGCAAUCUUCCAUGGGCAUCGACAUAUGGCAAUCACGACUCAGCUUACAAUCUUUCCUCUGCCAACAUAUACGCGAGAGAAAAGACUUACAAGAAUAGCUUAACAGGAGACAUGGUUAAAGACAAAAAUGCUGGAGUCUCCAAUUACUACUUGGAGGUAAUGUCUAACGAUAAGCACGAUUCUACUCCUGCUAUGAUUCUCUGGUUCUUUGACAGCCGAGGCGGAAAUUACUAUCAGGAAGAGGAAAAAGAUGGCUCAGAUGUUGCUCGACCAAACUGGGUUGACGAAAGCGUUGUAGAGUGGUUCACAGCCACAAGAGCCCAGCUCGCCAAACGUUACAAGAAGACUCUGCCUUCAUAUGCCUUUGUCCAUAUUCCCGUCGGUGCCAUGUAUGGCUUCCAACAAACGGACGGCGUUGAUGAGCACAAAGAGCCUGGAAUCAACGCAGAUAAUCCGCUUUCUCAGCAGGGAGUUCAGUCUCCACUGUACAACGCUACCACCAGUUUUGAGUAUACCGGCCAAGACAAGGCGUUUAUGAAGGCUCUACUAGAAACUGAGAAUCUCAUGGGCGUCUUUAGCGGCCAUGAUCACGGCGAUGACUGGUGCUUCAAGUGGACUGAAAACCUCACAUUUUUGGACUUGACGGGCAACGGUCUCGUCUUCUGCUUCAGCCGUCACACUGGCUAUGGAGGCUAUGGCUCAUGGACACGAGGAUCUCGACAGAUUCUUGUGGACAUUAAAGAUCUUGGCAAAUCGACUAAAACUUGGACGCGACUUGAAGAUGGAACCACUGUUGGAGCAGUAACGCUGAAUUCGACUUAUGGUAAGGAUGUCUAUCCUAUUGUUCAGUUGACUUAUACUAGCGAGGAUAACGAGGGAGUUCCAUCUACUGAUUAA